CCUUCAUUGCUACAACUAUUAAUGUGUCUGAGCACAUCCUCUUCCUCCUCCUCCUCAUCGUCCUAGUAAUUCACUGCGAGUCUGUACACUCAACUACACAUUCUUGCGGCCACUUCGCCCAGAUGUCGAUGAAGAACCGCCUCGUCGACGCGAAGGGGUUCCCACGCCCAGGCUUGCUUCUGCUCAUCUCCUUACUUCUGCUCCGUUCUCGCCUGCUUACUGGCCCAAGAGCUGCAUUGCGCAGUCUGACAGCAGCCACAUUAAAACAGAAGGUCAGCGAGGAGGACCUGACGCGGGCAUUGCAGCAAGUGUACACGAAGGAUGCCGAUGGGACGACGCGACUUCUCGUACCUCACGAAGGUCGCAUCAAGCAGAUACCCAUCCGCUCUACAACCGAAUCCGUCAUUGCUGCGAAUGCCAGAAGGUUUCGCCCCAUUUCCGCCUCACACAAGCCAGGGCUGGACAAGUCCUUCCUGCGACAACUGCUCGCCAUCCUCCGUGUCGCCUUCCCAACCUACCAUUCGAAGGAGGCUAUCAUUCUCUUCGCACACACCUUCUUCCUCGUCUUCCGCACCGUGCUCAGCGUCGCAGUCGCGCGCCUCGAUGGCCGGAUAGUGCGUGACCUGGUCAGCGCAGACGGAAAGGGCUUCUUGAAGGGGCUCGGGCUGUGGUUCGCGCUUGCAGUGCCGAGCACAUACACGAAUGUCAUGAUUCGCCACCUCCAAGCGAAGCUUUCAUUGGGAUUGAGGACUCGGUUGACGCGGUACACCGACGACGUGUACCUGUCAUCCUCGCCAGACCUGCGAUACUAUCGCACCGCGCUCGAAGGCGGGCUAGACGAUGUCGACCAAUACAUCACGUCUGACAUUGCAGCGUUCUGCGAUUCUCUCACCGGGAUUUACGGGAAUGUCUUGAAGCCUUCUCUAGACCUCAUCCUCUUCACCUCGCAGCUCUCGCGGACGCUCGGCUUCCGCGGGACGUUCCUCCUGGGAUUGAACUACUACGUUACGGCCAGGAUUCUGCGCGCAGCGACGCCUGCUUUUGGACGACUGGCUGCGGUCGAGGCGCAGCUCGAGGGAGAGUAUCGCGCAGGCAUGGGCCGCGUCGACAGGGAGAGUGAGGAGAUCGCCUUCUACGGCGGUGGGCUCCGAGAACGGAGUAUACUGUGGCGAGCGUAUUUGAGACUAAUUCGCCAUGUCAACUCCAUAUACAAGAUCCGCAUUGCAUACGAAUGGACGGAGGACUUCGUGAUCAAGUACCUCUGGAGUGCCGCUGGGUACUGCCUGAUUUCGAUCCCCGUGUUCCUCACGCGGCGUCGACACGUCGGCGUGCAAGCAGGCGUGCCGACGGUCUCCAGGCCCAAUGACGAGGUCGCGAAUCGCACCGAGACCUACAUCUCCUCGCGUCGUCUGCUUCUCUCCCUCGCUGACGCGGGAGGGCGCGUCAUGUACGCCUACAAAGACCUUCUCGAACUCGCUGGGCUCACAACGCGGCUGUACUCACUCCUCUCGACGCUGCACAACUUGCCCCCGCUCCCGCCCACGUCCGACGCUGCGCACCAGGACUUCAUCGAGCUCACGAACGUUGACGUCGGCGUGCCGACUGUUUCGCCCGCCGUCAUCGCCGGGGUGCCAGAGAAGACGGGGUCGUCCUGGAUCCUCGUGAAGGACCUGUCGCUAGUGCUGCAUCAGGGAGAGCAUUUGAUGAUUACUGGGAGCAAUGGCGUGGGCAAGACUGCCGUGGCACGGGUGCUCGCCGGUCUGUGGGCUGCCCAGAACGAUGGAGAAGUGAAGCGGCCGGCGGGGAAGCAGGGCGUGUUCAUCGUACCGCAGAGAGCUUACAUGGUGACUGGAUCGCUGCUUGACCAAAUCAUCUAUCCGCACUCAUAUGCUGAGUACUUGGAGUCGGGGAAGACGGAGCAGGACUUGAUGGACAUCUUGGCUGCGGCGAACCUGGCGUACCUGCCCGCCCGGGAGGGCGGCUGGUUCACAAGGAAGGAGUGGCGCGAUGUGUUGAGCGGCGGCGAGAAGCAACGGAUGGGUCUCGCGCGAGUCUUCUAUCACAUGCCCAAGUUCGCUGUCCUCGAUGAAUGCACGAGCGCCGUCUCCAGCGACGUCGAAGGCCGGAUGUACGAGCAUGCAAAGUCGCUCGGCAUCACGCUCAUCACCAUAUCCCUGCGCCCGUCGCUCAUGCGGUACCACACCCAUCUGCUCACGCUCGCGGGCGACGGCACAGGCAAAUGGCAGCUGACGCGCAUAGGCACGGCGGAGGAGCGCAUGGGCAUCGACCGCGAGGUGAUCACGCUCGAGGGCAAGAUCGCGGAGGUCGAGAAGUGGGAGGCGCGCGUGAAAGAGCUGAACCAGAUGCUUUCUGCGCAAGAACAAUGAUCAUGGCCGUACUGGGUGGAUGAUCUCCGUUGAAUCCGAGUCCGUUGAUGUAUGUAUAGGUUCGACACGAACCCACACUAGCGCUGCGUGGAGGGUCUUUAGAUGUAUGUAGUUAUAUACUGCUGUAGGGUAUGAUCUCUGGGCAUGGGCGCUUUCCCCUCGGUCGAGAUUCUGAGGAAGUUUUCAAGCUCUGCUCAAAAUGACUUACAAGAGAACAUUAAGUAGAGCUAUACGCUUCAGUUGACGUCAGGAGGAUAUGCAAAACAAGAGUCGAACC